AUGAUAAGCAUUUCUCCCUGUUCCCAGGAGAAAGAUAACAUUAAAGUACAGUCGAUCUAUCUUUCUUGUCUCCUCAUAGUCUCUCUGCAAGGGGAAAAUCAAAGGCGACUCUACCGAGAACUUCUGAAAAAUUACAAUCGCUUGGAACGGCCUGUAGUGAAUGAUUCACAAUCCCUGGUAGUAGACCUGCAGUUGUCAUUGUUGCAAAUAAUUGAUGUGGAUGAAAAGAACCAGGUCUUGAUAACAAAUGCGUGGUUACAGAUGUCCUGGAUGGAUGUGUACCUGAAGUGGGACCAGAAUGAAUAUCCAGGCGUCCAGAAUUUACGAUUUCCAGCAGAUCAGAUUUGGGUGCCCGACAUUCUUUUGUACAACAGUGCAGACGAGAGAUUUGACGCAACAUUUCAUACCAACGUUUUGGUAAACUACUCAGGAUCUUGCCAGUAUAUACCUCCAGGCAUCCUAAAGAGCACAUGCUACAUUGAUGUUCGCUGGUUUCCUUUUGAUGUACAGAAAUGUAAUUUGAAAUUUGGUUCCUGGACACACAACGGUUGGCUGCUUGAUCUGCAGAUGCUAGAAGCUGAUAUUUCCAAUUACAUAUCAAAUGGUGAAUGGGAUUUAGUGGGUGUCCCAGGAGAAAGGAAUGAGAGGUACUAUGAGUGCUGCAAAGAGCCGUAUCCUGAUGUGACUUACACCGUGACAAUGCGCCGGCGCACUCUCUACUAUGGCUUGAAUUUGCUCAUUCCCUGCGUCCUGAUCUCAGGCUUAGCCCUGCUUGUCUUCUUGCUGCCAGCUGACUCUGGGGAAAAAAUAUCUUUGGGUAUUACAGUCCUCCUGUCCCUGACAGUUUUCAUGCUGCUGGUAGCCGAGAUCAUGCCUGCCACGUCGGAUUCGGUUCCUUUAAUAGCGCAGUAUUUUGCAAGCAUCAUGGUCAUUGUUGGCUUAUCUGUGGUGGUGACGGUUUUGGUGCUCCAGUUUCAUCAUCAUGACCCUCAAGCAGGAAAGAUGCCACGAUGGGUCCGUGUCAUUUUGCUGAACUGGUGUGCUUGGUUUCUGAGAAUGAAAAAACCUGGAGAGAGCAUAAAGCCUCUUUCUUGCAAAUACGGCCACUCUAGACACCAGUCGAGUGUCAGCAGUGUGGAAAUGAAUGUCUUACCGGGACACCAAUCAAGCAAUGGAAAUGUAAUCUACAGCUACCAUGCCAUGGAAAACCCCUGCUGCCCGCAAAACAGUGAUGCAGGUAGCAAAGGGGAAAAUGGCCCUGGCCCUUCACCUGAAGACACUGAACUUCUGCAACAGAAAGCUUUAAUGGACACUAUCCCAGUGAUUGUGAAAAUCCUGGAAGAAGUUCAGUUCAUCGCAGCCCGUUUCCGAAAACAGGAUGAAGGGGAAGAAAUCUGCAGUGAGUGGAAAUUUGCAGCCGCAGUCAUAGACAGAUUAUGCCUUGUGGCAUUUUCACUCUUUGCCAUCAUCUGCACACUCACAAUACUGAUGUCUGCGCCAAAUUUUAUUGAAGCUGUUUCAAAAGAUUUUACAUAA